UCUGGUUUGUGGGGCUAACUUAGCAAAACUUAACACAGAAUCUAAGUAGAUACCCUAACCAGUCAUUCUCACGGGCACAACCACUAUUGAGUAUUCACUCACAUACUCAUCUACCAUAUCUCUCUCUCUCUCUCUCUCUCUCUCUCUAAAAUAUAACUAACAUUAAUAUCUUCUCAUUCACACAACACACAGUUACAACUUCAUUAUAAAAAAUAAACUCAUUCAUUUGUUUAUCAUUCACCAAUCAAACCAUAGGUGAAGUUCAACCACUUCACCUGUAACAACAAUGGGUCAAAACCUUAGUUGCAGAGGAACCAACCAUGAUCAUGGUCUCUUCACUGCCGUGCAACAAGGUAAUCUUCAAGCUGUAACAUCUCUGUUGCAACAAGACCCGUCACUUUUUCAUCAAACAACUCUCUAUGAUCGGUUUUCGCCUCUUCAUAUUGCUGCUACCAAUGGCCAGAUCGAGAUUCUGUCGAGGCUUUUACAUGGAUCUGUUAACCCAGAUGUUUUAAAUCGGCAAAAACAGACUCCUCUUAUGCUGGCUGCAAUGCAUGGAAGGAUUGCUUGUGUGGAGAAGCUCCUUGAAGCUGGUGCUAAUGUUUUGAUGUUUGAUACUGUUAAUGGAAGAACCUGCUUACACUAUGCUGCUUAUUAUGGCCAUUUUUCUUGCCUUCAAGCUAUUCUGUCUUCUGCUCAAUCAAGUUCUGUGGCUGCUUCUUGGGGUUUUGUUCGGUUUGUGAAUGUUAGAGACGGAAAGGGUGCGACGCCGUUGCAUUUGGCGGCUCGACAAAGACGGCCUGAAUGUGUACAUAUUCUAUUAGACAGUGGAGCUCUUGUUUGUGCUUCAACUGGUAGAUAUGGCUAUCCGGGGAGUACUCCACUUCAUCUAGCUGCUAGAGGGGGAUCUCUUGACUGCAUUCGCGAAUUGUUAGCAUGGGGCGCGGAUCGUCUUCAACGCGAUUCAUCUGGGCAGAUACCAUAUAUGGUUGCUAUGAAACACAGACACGGAUCAUGCGCGUCGUUGCUAAAUCCUACGUCUGCGGAGCCUCUUGUUUGGCCAUCUCCACUGAAGUUCAUCAGUGAACUUAAUGCAGACGCCAAAGCCUUGUUAGAACAAGCCUUGAUGGACGCGAACAAAGAAAGGGAGAAAAACAUAUUGAAAGGUGGCGGUUACUCUCUUCCGUCUCCAUCACAUUCUGCGUGUCUAGAUGACAAUAUAUCCGAGGUUAGUGAGUCAGAGUUAUGUUGCAUAUGCUUUGAGCAGGUAUGCACAAUUGAAGUUCAAAACUGUGGUCACCAAAUGUGUGCACAAUGCACAUUAGCCCUAUGUUGCUACAACAAACCAAACCCGACAACCGCGUCCAUUACUCCGCCCGUUUGUCCAUUUUGUCGUAGCAACAUUUCUCGACUCAUGGUUAUCACCAAAAUAGAAACUCACGACGAAACCGACCAAGACAACAUUGAUACCAAUUCUUCAAAGACAAACAAGUUGAGGAAACUCCGAAACUUGAACGACGGCGGUAGUAGCAGCUUCAAAGGACUAUCUAGCGUAAGCUUCGGAAAAUUAGGCGUCCGGAGCUCGGGAAGGGUGGCAGAUGAUUCCAUUAUGGUUAAGGAGGGUAAUUAAGUGCUUGCUUGACCAGCAAGGUACAAAGAAAGUGAAAAGAUGAAGGAAUAAUAAGUUAUUUUGGGUAAUAAGCAAAGUGAAUUAAGGUGAAGAAGUUAAAGAUAAGUACCAAAUGUUGUUGGAGAAAAAGAGAAGAUGUCAUUAUCAUGUUGAUGUAGCAAGUGUUAUUAUUAAUUUCAUUAAUUAAUAUUAAGAUUGAUAUUAAUAUUGCUUGAGCAUGAAGAAGCAUCACAAUGAUUGAUGAUUUUGGGUUUUGUUCAUAGUAAUUGAUUUUUAUACAUAAAUAAGUAAAGUGAGUAUAUGAUUUCUCUCGAAAAGUGUAAGUUUGUGUUAUGGGAAAAUUAUUUGCUUGAUACAUUGCAUUUUGUUUAUAUUUCUUUGUACUAUACCAUUUGAGAAAUAAAAUACAAAAGAGAAAGACAAGGUUUGCUGUUA